AUGCGAGACCGUACCACAAAACGUCCAAACGCUUCCGCAUCGUUGGCGGAAGGACACCCAGCCACAGCAGCCUCCAGACCCACGCCAGCAUUCAGACCUGCCGCGGCAGUAGCCACGAGGUCCCACAUGGCAAACCGUGCAGUGGUAACUCUGGUGGCCCCGUGGGGAUGGCGAACACAGCCAAAGUUCUUAUCUGACGAACAACUCACGUGGCUGAAGGUUUCAUCUGUGAAGAUGAUACCGGUGACGACACGCAGUAUUGCUCAGGGAUCUCCGGGGACUCUCGGCGGGGGUGUUGCGCCAAGCUUCCCUAAAGCGACUUCUGUUCAGCUUCACACUCCUGGAAAAGAACCCUUUGACCGUGCUGAAUGCUCAGUAUCGACCGACCCGCUACCCAUUUCCACAUCCUUCAACAUCAGUGCAGUACGAUCAGCACGAUCCUUUUAUACCGUGGACCAGCCGAGUAACCUGUCAAGACUUGGCCAAAGGCCCAAUCUCACCUCAAUGUGCUUGUGA